AAUGCUCGCCGCUGUUCGCCCGCAGAGACGCUGGCUUGGCGGGCCCAGAUCCGUGAUGAUGUCCGCCCCCACCUCCGCCCCCGCGAGCGGGCCCGGCCGGGGGCGGCGCUGGGGCUGGCUGCCGUGGAGAGACGCCCUCCUGGGGGCGGCGCUGCUGCUCCUGCUGGUCGGGGGCGGGCCCGGGGGCGGGCCCCUCGGGGCGGCGGGGCAGAGCGCGCAGGCCGCGGUCACAUGCCCCACCGAGGAGGAGAUCUCGCCGUGCCGCUGCAGCCUGCGAGGCGACGAGAUACAGAUAUGGUGCAGCCACAGCGAGCUGCCCGCGGUGCUGGCGGCGCUGCGCAACGUGGCGCGGCUGCUGCCCACGCGCGCGCUGGACGAGCUCAUCCUCGAGAACAACGCGUGGACUUCUCUGGGCGGGUCCGCGCUGGCGGGGCCCACGGGGCUACGCGUGUCAAGACUGAUGCUGCGUGACAACGGCCUGGAGACGGUGGCGGCGACGUGGCUGGCGGGCCUGGAGGACUCGCUGCUCGAACUGUUCCUGGUCGAGCCGCUGCUCAGGGCCUUCCCGGACGACUCUCUCAUCCCGUUCAAGCGACUCGAAGCCGUGACGCUGCAGUGCGGGGAGAUGCAGCGUCUGCCGCGCCUGGCCGGCCUGCCCCGCCUCCGCUACGUGCUCGUCCAGUCCGCCAUGCUGUGGGAGCUUCCCCCGGGCCACCUCGGCAACCUGCCCUAUCUGGAGCAGCUGCACAUCGUGUCGUCGCCGAGGCUCGCCUCCCUGGACGCCGGCGCGGUGAGCGACCUUCCUCGCCUCUCCUCCGUCAACAUCUCCGACUCCGGCCUGACGUGGAUCCACCCGCGCGCGCUGCAGCGGCUGCCCGCGCUGUCCGAGGUGACGCUCCGCGCCAACAAGCUCUCGGACGCGGCCAUGGUGGGGCGCGCGCUCAGCGACCUGCCCUCGCUCGCCGUGGUGCAGCUCAACGACAACCAGCUCGAGAUCCUGCCUUCCGCCUCCUUCGCCGACCUGCCCGCGCUCCGGGAGCUGUCCCUGGCCGGCAACCGCAUCAUUGAACUGCAGCACGGUGCCUUCCAGCGGGUGCCCGCGCUGCGCACCCUCGACCUCAGCCGCAACCAGGUCCGCGUCAUACACCCAGAGGCCUUCCUACAACACUCGUCUUCCAAUAUCGACCAGCUCUAUCUUCAAGAGAACGCUCUCGAAACGGCGGAUGCGAUUCGGUCCGUGCUGGACGCUCUACCAAGACUGCGAUUCCUUGAUGUGUCCGACAACCGCAUAGUGGAGAUUGGCAUGGGCGGCCUGGGCCGCGGCCACGCCGCGCUGGAGCGGCUGCACCUGGACCGGAACCGCGUGCACCGGGUGUUCCGGGACUCGUUCAACAACAUGCCGGCCCUCAGGGAGCUGCGCCUGUCCCACAACAUGCUGAGCAACAACCUGGACCAGCCCUAUUGGAACCUGCCGGCGCUCAAGGGCCUGGACCUCUCCUACAACCAGUUCCGACGCUGCGACCCCCGCCUGCUCGCCAACCUGCCGUCGCUGCGCCGCCUAGACCUGAGUGGCAACAACAUCGCGCACGUCGACCCGGGCUCCUUCCUCAACACGCCCGCCCUGGAGCACGUCAACCUGAGUUCCAACGCGCUGGCCGUCCUGUCACCCGCCACCUUCCGCAUGCUGCUCAAUCUGUUCGAGCUUGACGUCGGGCGGAACCGCCUGAACCACAUGGUGCCGGGGCUGCCGCCGGGCGUCGAGUACCUGCGCAUGCCCAUGAACCAGGUGACGGUGCUGCCGCCGCCCACCUCCCAGGACAUGAACCUGCCCGCCCUCCGCUUCCUGGACCUGUCCAACAACGGCCUGAAGCGCGUGCCGGCGGACUCGUUCCGCCAGAUGCCCGGCCUGCAGCAGCUCCUGCUCUCCGGCAACGCCCUGCAGACCCUGGAGACGGGCGCCCUCCAGGGCCUCAACCGCCUGGAGCGGCUGGAGGUGCGCAGCAACCGCCUGACGUCGCUGCUGCCGCGCAGCCUCCAGGACCUGCGCCUGCUGCGGGAGCUGGACCUGCGUGGCAACCGCAUGGAGUCGCUGCCCGGCGACGUGCUCCAGGACGCGUCCAGCCUGCAGACGCUCGACCUGUCGCGCAACCAGCUGGCCAGCAUCGAGCCGGACGCCAUGAGGGGCAACAGGAACCUGGAAGUGCUCCGCGCCUCGCACAACGCGCUGCCCAACAUCCCGUCGGCGCUGCUGCACCUGUCCUCGCUGCGCGUGCUGGACCUGUCGCACAACCGCGUCCGCGAGCUGCCGCCCGGGGCGCUCACGGCCCUGGGCAGCCUGCAAGAGCUGCGCCUCGCCAAGAACAAGCUGCGCGAGCUCAAGGCCGGCGCCGUGGAGAGGCUGCCGCGCCUGCACCUGCUCGACCUGGACAGCAACGAGCUUCACAACCUGCAGGCGCGUUCGAUACACUCGCUCCCGUCGCUGCAACAGUUGAAUUUGGCGCGCAAUCGGCUGCAAGUGUUAUCUGAAGGCGCGCUCAGCGACGUGCCCAACUUGAUGCACUGCGAGCUGCAGGAGAAUCAGCUGGCACAGGUGUCGUCGGGGGCGCUGGCCGGUGCGCCGCACCUGCUGCACCUCAACAUGUCCUACAACCAGAUCUCUGCGCUGGAGAACGCCGGCCUCCAGCAGCUGCGCUCGCUGGAAGUGCUGGACCUGUGCGCGCUCAGCGACCUGCCCUCGCUCGCCGUGGUGCAGCUCAACGACAACCAGCUCGAGAUCCUGCCUUCCGCCUCCUUCGCCGACCUGCCCGCGCUCCGGGAGCUGUCCCUGGCCGCUUACGCUGAGGAAAUCCGCUUUGCUUUAAAUACGUUACCACUUGUUUUGCAUGUAUGCGCAUGUAUGGCUCUACUGUUUCAUCUACGACCAGAAAAAUUAGGAAGAUUAUAG